GCCGCCGUUUCUUUCGCGCCGUGAGCCCGACCGUGCGCCGCAUUCUAGGGAGGGCCGCCGGGGAACCCAGGAGACCUUGCAAUGGACACAGUGGCCUUUGAGGAUGUGACUGUGAACUUCACCCUGGAGGAGUGGGCUCUUCUGAAUCCAUCCCAGAAGAAACUCUACAGAGAUGUGAUGCAGGAAACCUUCAGGAACCUGGCCUCAAUAGGGGGAAAAUGGGAAGACUGUAACAGUAAAAGUCUGUAUAAACAUCAUCAGACAAAUCUAAGGCAUGUGAUAGAGAGACCCUGUAAAAAUAAAGAAGGUAGUAAAUGUGGAGAAUCCUUCAGCCAGAAUCCAAAUCAUAAGCAGAUAAAGAAAACUCCUACUGGAAUAAAACUACGUAAAUGUAGCUUCUGUGGACAAGUGUUCAGACAUCAUUCAUCUUUUAGCAGGCACAUGAUCUCUCACACUGGCCACAAACUAUAUGAAUAUCAGGAAUAUGAAGAGAAGCCUUAUAAGUGUAAGGAAUGUGGGAAGGCCUUCAAGCAUCGACAAUCCAUUCGAGUACAUGUAAGGACUCACACUGGAGAGAAGCCUUACAAAUGCAAGCACUGUGGGAAAGCCUUCAAGCAUUGCCAGUCCAUUCGAAAGCAUGAAAGGAUUCACACUGGAGAGAAGCCCUAUGAAUGCAAACAAUGUGGAGAAACUUUCAGGUAUCACCACAACUUUCAAAAACAUGAGCGAACUCACACUGGAGAGCAGCCCUAUAGAUGUAAGCACUGUGGGAAAGCCCUCAGUUGCCUUAGUUACUGCCGAAUUCAUGAAAGAACUCACACUGGAGAGAAACCAUAUGAAUGUAAACAAUGUGGGAAAGCCUUCAGUUAUGCCAGUUACAUUCGAAUACAUGAGAGAACUCACACUGGAGAAAAGCCCUAUGAAUGCAAGAAAUGUGGGAAAGCCUUUAGUUGUCCAAAUUAUUUUCGAAAACAUGAAAAGACUCACACUGGAGAGAAACCCUAUGAAUGUAAGCAAUGUGGUAAAGGCUUCAGUUGUCCCAGAUCCUUUCGAAGUCAUGAAAAGAGACACAGAGGCGAAAAGCCUUAUGAAUGUAAAAUAUGUGGUAAAACCUACAGUUGUCCUAUAUACUUCCGAAAUCAUGAAAGGAGACACAGUGGAGAAAAAUCCUAUGAAUGUAAAAUAUGCGGUAAGUCCUUCAGUUGUCCAAAGUAUUUUAGAAAACAUGAAAGAAGUCACACAGGAGAAGAACCCUGUGAAUGUAAUGAAUGUGAGAAUACCUUGAGUCCUCUCACUAUAUUUCAAAGACACAUGAUGAAGCACACUGGAGAUGGACCUUAUAAGUGUAAGGAGUGUGGGAAAGUCUUCGAUUGUCCAAAUUACUUUCGAUGUCACGAGAAGAUACACAGUGGAGAAAAGCCAUAUGAAUGUAAGGAAUGUGGCAAAGCCUUCAGUUCCUCCAUGUCCCUUCAAAACCAUGAAAGAAGUCAUAGUAGGAAAAAACCUCAUGAAUGUAAGGAAUGUGGUAAAGCCUUUAGCUUUCCAUGUUCCCUUCAAAAGCAUGAAAGAAGUCAUACUGGGGAGAAACCAUAUGAAUGUAAGCAAUGUGGGAAAGCCUUUACUUAUCUCAGUUCUAUGCAAAAGCAUGAGAGAACUCAUAGUGGAGAGAAACCCUAUGAAUGUAAACAAUGUGGGAAAGCCUUCAUUUAUCUCAGUUCUAUGCAAAAGCAUGAAAGAACUCACACUGGAGAGAAGCCCUAUGAGUGUAAGCAGUGUGGGAAAGCUUUCAUUACCCUCUCAAAUGUUCAAAGGCACAUGAUCAAGCACACUGGAGAUGGACCUUGUAAAUGCAAGGAGUGUGGGAAGGCCUUUGAUUGUCCUAGUUCAUUGCGAACUCAUGAACGUACUCACACUGGGGAGAAACCCUAUCAGUGUAAACAUUGUAGUAAAGCCUUCACUCGUUCUAAUUCUUUACGAAACCAUGAAAGAACUCAUAAUGGAGAGUAGCUAUGUGAAUGUCAGAAAUAGGGAAAAGUCUUCAAUUGCUCCAGUUCUUUCUGACUACAUGAAAUAAAUUGCACUGAAGAGAAACUAUAAACAGAAACAAUAUGGUAAAUUCUUUAUUCCCCAUUAUGUUCAGAUACAUGAAAUUCAUACUAGAGAGAAACUCAAUGUAAGGAAAGUUAUGAAAGCUUUCAUUUAUCACACAGUCUUUCAAGGACACAUGAGAGUGCACAUGGGGGAGAAACCAUAUAAAAAGCUAAAGAAUCAGGGAAAGCCAUCACUGCAUUCCCAUGGGAAGCCAUGGAAGAACUCACUGGAGAGAAUUACAUUGAAUGGUAAACAUUGUAGGAAAAUGCACUUGCCCCAUCUUUUUACAAAACCACGUGAGGAUGUAUAGUGGUUAGAUAGAUACCUUAUAAAUAAAUGAAAAAUAAAGGAAGCUUUUUAAUUAGAAAAGGAUUUUCAAAGUCACUUAAAAACUGCACUGUAAAGAAACUAAUAUAAGUAACAUGGGUAAGCCUGGUGCAGAUUACUGUAUAAUACUCCCCCAGGUUUGACAACACAAUAGAAACAUUAUUAACAUUAUACCUUUGUUGUCUUCAUCAGUGGCUUUUUUUCCCCUCCAGUUUUAUUGAGAAAAGUUGACCCAUUACUACAUAAGUUUAAGACAUGUAGUCUGAUGGUUUGAUUUACAUAUAUUGCGAAAAAGUUACAGUGGUUCAGUCUUUUUUUAAGAUUUUAUUUAUUUAUUCAUGAGAGACACACAGAGAGGCAGAGACACAGGCAGAGGGAGAAGUAGGCUUCCUGCAGGGAGCCUGAUGUGGGACUUGAUCCCAGGACCCUGGGAUCAUAACCUGAACCAAAGGCAGAUGCUCAAUCACUGAGCCACCCAGGUGCCCCAACAGUGGCUCAGUCUUAAUGUGAUUCUCUGUUUGAGGGAUUUCUACUUAGUUUUGCAAAAACAUUGAAGUGGGAAAAUACUGUAGGUACUCAUUAAGCAGUGGUUUCUAAGUCUGAUGGGUUAUUUUUCCCCCUCAGUAAACUGCUAACAUUUCCAUUUUUUAAAAAGAUUUUUUAUUUAUUUAUUUGAGAGAGUGCAUGAGCAGGGAGGAGGAGACAGAGGGAGAGGGAGAAGCAGACUCCCUACUGAGCAGGGAGCCUGAGGUGUGGGGUUUGACCCCAGGACCCUGAGAUCAGGACCUGAGUUGAAGACAGAUGCCUAACCAACUGAGCCACCCAAGCACCCCGAGUGUUCCCAUUUUGAAGACUGUUUUUCAUCCAUAGAUGAACUAAAGUAUGUUUUAACAUGCAAGUAGUUUUAAUUUUUAUACAUUUUUCUUUUUUUUCUUUUCUUUUUUCUUUUUUUGGUAAGGAUAGGACUUGAAUAAUGAGGUAUCAUCCUUAAAAAUAAACUGCCAAUUAUUUUAUCAGCAAAAAAUGAGUUUAUUCAGAAUAGGAGAGAAUUGCAAUUCAGGGCAAAGAUGCUAUGCAAUGCCAUAGGCAAUUUUGGAGAACAGAGGAGAGAAAUACUCUCUAUAUAAGAAAGCAGAGGACUUGGGAAGGGCUGUUAUG